GUAGAGGAUUCCAACUAACCUUCCAAAUUCCCAGGACUAUAAAUACAUCUCAAUUCUCAUCAAUACUAUUAUGUUAUAGUUAAUUAUUUCACUCAUUUCAUUUCACAUAUUCUCCUUUCUCAUAUUUUUCUGCUCUACCUACUGAGAAAAUGACCAUACUCGUUGACUCUGGGUCACAAUUUGAAGAUAAAAAUGUUCAUUCUGAAGACACCAAUGAACUUGUUCUCGAUGGUGGAUUUCCUGUUCCAAACCACGCUUCUCAAAAUGGAUUUUUGGCUCCUGAGAUUAAUUCAUUUGGCCAUUCCUUCAGAAAUUAUGAUGAAGAAAGUGAAAGGCAAAAAGGUGUUGAUGAAUUCUAUAGGUUACAACACAUAAACCAGACAUAUGAUUUUGUCAAUAAAAUGAGGGAAGAAUACAAGAAAUUUAACAAAGCAGAAAUGAGCAUAUGGGAAUGUUGUGAGUUGCUGAAUGAGGUUGUGGAUGAGAGUGAUCCUGAUUUGGAUGAACCUCAAAUUCAACAUUUGUUGCAAUCAGCUGAGGCUAUUAGAAAAGAUUAUCCUAAUGAAGAUUGGUUGCAUUUGACAGCUCUCAUCCAUGAUCUUGGAAAAAUUCUCCUGCUUCCUAAAUUUGGUGCACUACCUCAAUGGGCUGUUGUUGGGGACACAUUUCCCUUAGGCUGUGCCUUUGAUGAAUCAAAUGUUCUCCACAAGUAUUUCAAGGACAACCUUGAUACCAAAUGUCCUGCUUAUAGCACUAAGAAUGGGAUCUACACCGAAGGAUGUGGAUUAGAUAAUGUGACAAUGUCAUGGGGACAUGAUGAUUAUAUGUAUUGGGUUGCUAAAGAAAAUGGCACCACUUUGCCACCAGCUGGAUUGUUCAUUAUCAGAUACCACUCCUUCUACCCUUUGCAUAGGGAAGGUGCGUACACACACUUGAUGAAUGAAGAAGAUCGUGAGAAUUUGAAGUGGCUACACGUAUUUAACAAAUAUGAUCUCUACAGCAAAAGCAAAGUUCUAAUCGACGUUGAAGAAGUAAAACCAUACUAUUUAUCGCUUAUUGAGAAGUAUUUCCCUGCAAAGCUUAGAUGGUGAAUCUUGAAGAUACUAAAGAUUAAAGAUUGAGGGGGUCUAGAAUUUGAAGGAACCAUAUAUUUAAUUAUUGGCAAGCGGUUUGCAAAACUAUUAAAAGAUUAAAGUUUUUUUCACCAAGGUUUCAAUGCUUUUAUGUACUCUCUUGCAAUCUAGUACUUUAUUUAUCGAUGAUGAAAUAAUAAUUUAUGGAUUUCGUACACUCGUUUUAAGAAAA